CCAGCUCCCCAUCACUGCUCUGCUCCUCGCCAUUCCACAUUCCCCUAUCUCUGUAUCACACUCAAAAGAAGUGCAGCAAAAGGAAACGAGCAACAGGAGAGCGGGGAGGGACCAAUCGGAGUAUCCAACUCCAGCGCUGUUCAUCCGUUAUAUAAGACCCUGUGGCCUCCCCUUUGUCGGCUCAAUCCCUCACUCCCUUCCCGUUCCCGUUCCAUUGCUCUGUUCUCGUCGGUACAGCCUUGAUCGGUGUCGUCGUCGAAAAGAGCCUUGAUCGAAUUUCAGGCAGAGGCAGAGGAGGCAGAGGGGCAGGAUGCCGUGGGCGGGGACGGUCGUGCGGCUGGCGGUGUUCUUCCGCGUCAUCCUGUGAUCUCGCGCCGCUCCGUCCGCCGAGCGAUCGGGUGUCGAGGCUUGCUUGGAGGCCGGCCGAGGAAGGACAUGUGCGUUGGGUUCAACCGGAGGAGCCUUGACGUCGUCGUUAUGACAAGUGGCGCCGUCGCGUACUACUACAGAUUGAUGCAAGUCUGCCAGGCCGAAUACUUCCGCCAGCUUCUGAAGCCCGUGACGUAGAAUCGGCCAUCACUCCAACCUCACACACAUUCUUCCAACCUCACACAUUCUUCCAACCUCACACAUUCUCUCCAAACAGCUUCCAUUCCAAACGAACUAACUGAAACAAUUUUGAAUUAAACCACAAAAAAGCCAGCUCCAGUUAACAAAAGGCUCUCAUAAUUCUUGUUCAAUUUCCUUCCAGUCAAAAGCCAAAAACUUGCCAGAUUUCUCCAUACAAACACAGCCAGAAAUCAAGCAGCACCGCAAAAGCGAUCUGAUGCAGGGAGACCCCGGGUACGGGUACGGUGGGUACGGGUACGGGUACGGCUAUGGCUACGGCGGCGGCGCCGGUGGCUACGACUGUGACAUGGCCGGCUACGGCGGUGGAGGAGCUUACUACACGGCGAACGAUCGGUACACCUCCGCGCCAGCUGCCUAUGAGGACCCUCUCGCCGGUCGGAGGCAGCACGACUUCCCGGCGCAGCUCACCGGGCUCGAGUUCCAGCCGUCGGACACCUGUCCCAAGAACUACGUCAUCUUCGACCAGACGUACGACCGUAGCCGGGUCAUGUUCCACCCCUCCCUCGCCAACAACUUCGGCUCCUCCGGCGGCGGAUACGACUACGAUCGCCAUUGCUACGGCUUCGAUCAGAACUACGCUGGCAAGAGCGCCUACUAUGGUUGCGGCGAUGACGGCGGCGGCGGCGGCUCGAUCCGGCAGAAGGAGGACACCGAAGAGAUCGAUGCACUGAUGAGCACGGAGGACGGCGAGGACGAGGACGACGUUCUCAGCACGGGUCGUACCCCGGGAUGCCGCGCCGGGGGCUCCCCGGACUCCACGUGCUCGUCCGGGUACGGAGCCAGCGGCUGCCGGAAGCAUGAGACCGGCGGCGGCGGCGGCGAGAAGAAGAAGGAGCGGAUGAAGAAGAUGGUGCGGACGCUCAAGGGAAUCAUCCCCGGCGGCGACCGGAUGGACACGCCGGCCGUCCUCGACGAGGCCGUGCGGUACCUCAAGUCGCUCAAGGUGGAGGUCAAGAAGCUCGGCGCGCGCGGGUCAAGCAGCUAGCCCGCUGACAUCGAUCGGCAGCGACCACAAUGGCAGCCGAAAUCUCUCUCUGCAUCGGCAGAUAGAUGAUGACAAGCGGUGAUGAUGGCAACGACAGCCUCAUCUUCGCAUCAGAUGCCAUGAACCAGUUAGUGCAUGCUCUGUUUGCACUGACACGAUCAGAUCAGGGGUAGGGAAACGGCAUGGGGGCCAGAGCUCAGUUGCCGCGCGCUUUCUCGCUUUAUUUUGUCACUGUCCUGCGGUGCCUCUGCCUCUGGAUUGUUGCUUUGCUUUCUUAGAAGUAGCUGCCUUUUUCUCUUUCGCAUCUCUUGAUAGUGGAUGGUGUUGUAAUUGUCACGCUGAUGAUAUAUACACCGUGUUUUUGCUA